UAAAUUUCUAUGAUUCGAGAAUAAUUUUAAUUAAAUAGAUAAAUAAUUUCUUAUUAAUUAUAAAAAUAUUAUAACUCUAUUAUUUGUACAUGGAGGGUUUGAAAUGUCCCAACACGGUGCUGCUUUACAAGCAUAUAAUCAAGAACUUGUAAAGUGUUUAGAAGAAAUGAAAUUGAGACGUACAGAAUUACAAGCAGAAAUUGAAUCUCAAGAAGAAGAAAAAAAUUAUUUACAAAGAGAAAUAGAAAAAUUAUCUUAUAAAUUAACACGUUUAAAUGAUAGUUUAACUAAAAGAAUAGCUGUCAGAAAUGAAUAUGAUAGAACUAUUGCAGAUACAGAAACAGCAUAUAUAAAGAUUUUGGAAAGUUCACAACUUCUAUUAAAUAUGAUCAAGAGAGAAGCUACAAAUUUAGAUCAAACAUUACUUAAAACUAAUAUGGAUAAACAACAAAGUCAGUAAUAAAAA